AAUUGACUUUUUGCCCCAUGAGAGUAAGCGCAGUGUACAAGCAAUGUCAUACCAGUUGCUAACCAACGUUAUCAUCUCGGUAUCAAUGACUGUACCAUAGAUUGGUUGGGCAUGGAGCUCGAUUACCAAUAUGUAUAUCCAGUUGCGAAAGCACUCAACACGACAGAGGCGCCCUUGCUUACUCGAGGAGAGUCGCACAUCACCGUAAUCACACCACCAGAGUUCAGCAUCUUGGCCACAGCCAAUGUCACCAUUGAUGAAAUCAAUGAGAUUGCACUGAAGUACAGGAUCCAAAAGACAAAGUUUGAUAUGGUCUGUCUUGGCAAAGAGUCGGUUGCUGUUGAAGACGAAUUGUAUAUUGUUUACCAGAUCAUUGUCGAUGCUCCUAACCUGGAAGCCAUUCGAGAAGCCAUUUUCAAACUCUAUGUGAGCAAGGGCGGUAAUUCAGCACUUUUUGAUCCUCACGCUUUCUGGCCCCAUAUCACCGUUGCCUUUACUGUAGGCGAUCUGUUCGAGGCUGAUGGCGUUUACAAAGGCUGGAACGUGUGCCAUAGUCCUUUGCACAUCAAGUUCUGGUGAAACAAAUCAUCUUAUUCCUAAAUAUACUUGAUUACAGGAUAGAAGCACAAUAUUACCAUUUAGAUGACGUUGAAUGAAGAUUCAUG